UCAACCAAGGCGGGAAAUCCCCACGACUUCCGCUUGUGAAGACAGCGUCUCGACUGUUGUGUACAUUUUUCAAAACUUACUUUCCUGCCUUCUUGAGGUUGCGGCAAACACAAGAGAGAUAUUUGCUCUGCGUCACUUUAGGACAGAAUCAUGCAAGCCUUUCUGAAAGGAGCAAGUGUUCCGGCAACAAGACCCCAGAAGGACAAGUGUGGAGCCAGCACCGAGAAGAAAGCCAAGCUUGUUCCAUGGGUUGAGAAAUAUAGGCCAAAGCGUGUGGAUGAAGUUGCCUUUCAGGAGGAAGUGGUGGCAGUGCUGAAGAAAUCACUGGAAGGAGCAGAUCUCCCAAAUUUGCUCUUCUAUGGUCCACCUGGCACAGGAAAGACGUCGACCAUAUUGGCUGCUGCUAGGGAACUUUAUGGUCCAGAACUGUACAAGCAGAGGGUGCUGGAGCUCAAUGCCUCAGACGAGAGAGGAAUUCAGGUCGUCAGAGAGAAGGUCAAAAACUUUGCUCAGCUCACUGUCGCCGGGUCUCGGCCAGAUGGGAAGCCAUGUCCUCCUUUUAAGAUCAUCAUCCUGGACGAGGCUGACUCCAUGACGGCGCCAGCACAGGCUGCCCUCAGAAGAACCAUGGAAAAAGAGUCCCGCACCACACGAUUCUGUCUCAUUUGCAACUACAUCAGCAGGAUCAUUGAACCGUUGACUUCCAGAUGUUCCAAGUUCCGUUUUAAACUCCUUGCCAAUCAGAUCCAGGAGGAGCGUCUGCUGGAGAUUUGUGAGAAGGAGAAACUCAAAUACACAAAAGAGAGUAUAUCAGCAUUGGUCAAGGUGUCAGAGGGAGACCUGCGGAAAGCCAUCACCUUCCUUCAGAGUGCAGCUCGUCUCAAUGUGGAUAAUGAGAUAACAGAAGCUUCUGUCAUUGAAAUAGCUGGGGUUGUCCCUGCCGAGAUGAUCGACAGUUUGCUUGAGGUCUGCCUUAAAGGAACAUUUGAGAAACUUGAGGUUGCAAUCAAGAACAUGGUGGAUGAAGGCUACGCAGGCACGCAGAUCCUGAAUCAACUUCAUGACUGCAUUAUGGAGCAGGAAUUAAGUGACAAACACAAGUCUGUCAUUGCUGAAAAAAUGGCGGUGGUGGACAAAUGCCUGUCGGAUGGAGCAGAUGAAUACCUGCAGUUGCUGAGUCUAUGUUCAACAGUCAUGCAGCAAGCCCCCCAGAACAACUGAAUAUGCAUCGUUACCAACACAAUCUUCCACUUGCAACACCAACUCCACACUGAUGUUGACUCUCAGUCCAUUGCAUUGACUAAGAUGAGCAUUUGUCAAAUCAUCCAUUGAACGUGUCUUUAUUUAUUUGAUACAACCUCUUACAAUCUCAGUAACUACUACUGAAAAGUAAUACUAAUUUUAAAAGGGUAUACUGCAUUUCUACCCUUUUAAAAUGUGGGUAAACACCUGAACCUGACUGUGAUUGACAAAUAUUACGCCUGUAGUUUGUAAUUAAGACGGGUUUUUUUCACUGCAUGCAAUAAUGGCUUAAGUUAACCUAAAACGGGUACAAUAAUUCAUAGUUAAAUACUAUAUCUCAUAUUCAAAUGAAAACCAUGCAGCAAAAGUUGAUUUAAGUAACAACCAAUCCCCAUACAAUUUCAUUAACAUUUAAUUUUAGAGCUACGAUGUACUGCAGUAGUGUGCGAUAAUCAUACCAAGUAAAUACUGACCAUCACUGAUACUUUUUCAUAAUUAUGGUGGAUUUGAAAAAAACAACUGAAUUGCAACUUUUUCCUUGGGUUUUAGUUAAUCCCCAGAACAGAAUCUGGGCAAAAUAUAAACUAAUUUCAAUCAUGAAUUCAAUGCAUGUUUUACAAGAACAGUAAUCCAUCCUGAGUCAGUGAUGGCACAACAUGCAAACCAACCUUGCAGUUUGAACAGUAACACUGGGUUUGAACAUUUAAUUAAGUGAUUAUUUGGCAUACCACUAGAUGAAGCCCGCGUACCUGAGUUUGAGAAUUACUCUUCUAGGAGAAUAACUAGUCAAAGUGAAAAUGAGUAUGGAAAAUAUAAGUAUAAUGUAUGACAAAAUAGAUUGGAUUGUAAAAGAGUAGUUGAAUUAAACUUUUAAAAAGUUUUUUUGUACCCUUAGGUCAACAUGAAAUACAAAAUAUCUGCUACGUCAGUGUUUUUCAACCUUUUUUGAGCCAAGGCACACUUUUUGCGUGGAAAAAAUGCAGAGGUACACCACCAGCAGAAAUCAUUAUAAAAUGAAACUCAGUUGACAAUAAAAAGUAGUUGUCGCAAUUGUUGGAAGUGACUUUAAACCAUAACCAAGCAUGCAUCAAUAUAGCUCUUGUCUCAAAGUAGGUGUACUGUCACCACCUGUCAGAUCACGCCCUGACUUAUUUGGAGUUUUUUGCUGUUUUCCUGUGUGUAGUGUUUUAGUUCUUUUCUUGCGCUCCUAUUUUGGUGCCUUUUUCUCUUUUUUUGGUAUUUUCCUGUAGGAGUUUCAUGUCUUCCUUUGAGCGAGAUUUCCCGCAUCUACUUUGUGUUACUAAUCAAAAAUAUUUCAGUUGUUUUUAUCCUUCUUUGUGGGGACAUUGUUGAUUGUCAUGUCAUGUACGACUGUACAUUGUGGACGCCGUCUUUGCUCCACAGUAAGUCUUUGCUGUCGUCCAGCAUUCUGUUUUUGUUUACUUUGUAGCCAGUUCAGUUUUAGUUUCGUUCUGCAUAGCCUUCCCUAAGCUUCAAUGCCUUUUCUUAGGGGCACUCAUCUUUUGUUUAUUUUUGGUUUAAGCAUUAGACACCUUUUUACCUGAACACUGCCUCCCGCUGUUUCCGACAUCUACAAAGCAAUUAGCUACCGGCUGCCACCUACUGAUAUGGAAGAGUAUUACACGGUUAAUCUGCCGAGCUCUAGACAGCACGACACUCAACAACAACACAUCAUUUGCAGACUAUAAUUAUUGGUUUGCAAAAAAAUAUUUUUAACCCAAAUAGGUGAAAUUAGAUCAUCUCCCGUGCCGCGGCACAGUGGUUGAAAAACACUGUGCUACGUAACAAAUGUAAAAUUGUGCAUUUUCACGUCCCUUUAACUUCUACCAGCCAUUUUAGAAGACUAAUAGUUGAAUAAUACAAAAAUAAAUAUAAAGUCAGAACACAACACACAUUUUAUUUUAAAUGUGUAACAAGCUGACCAAUACUCCACAAGAUACUCUUGAAUUAAAGAAAAAAAAGUCAGAACACAAAAGUUUAAAUGUGAACCGAGAGUAACUUCCUGAUUAUAUUGGCGUCUCACAAACUACCAAAUAUAAACCUUUCCUGUGCAUUGAUUGUUUGGCGGCGUGGCUGCAGAAACAAAAUGAAAAAUAACUAAUUUUACAUUGGAAAAGUCAAAGUCCGUGAUAACAGAAAUUGUAAUGUACAAACAUUAAAUAAUGACGUAAGUGUGGCGGUACAAAGUGAGUGCUUUGCGGCUGCGCAGUGAUGAGUGCACGCAGACUCACUGAAGAGGUGGAGGUUCAAUCCA